AUGUCAUUCGAGAUCCUGCCCGGGAUCGGCGCCAUGGCCGUGUGCUUGGUCAUCGCCGGCAUAGCCAAGGCGCACAUCCACAGGUUCAGUAACGGGGGCAAAGAAAAAAGGGUUGCCUAUUACCCAUAUCAGUGGAGUUUGAUGCAAAGAGACAGGUGGGUCUCUGGAGUUAAUCGUUACUAUGUGUCAAAGGGUUUGGAGAAUAUCGAUUAAGGAAGCAUUUUCCUGAUUGAUGAAAAAUAACUCAGUCAUACUCAUCUACCCCUUCUAGAAGGUU